AUGGUUCACGCCGUCGAUUCUGGCACCGUCGUGCCGACGGCAACUUCAAUCGUCUCGGGGCGUCGCAAAAGCACAUUCCAGGAUAUCCCCGUCUCGUCCACGUCCCACCCAGAUAACCCAAUCCCCGAGGAGCCGCGAGGCAUUCGUUCUCUAUCGGUAACUGAUCCCAGUUUCGGCGGCGCUGGCGCCUCUACUGCUUCAAGUUCGACCGCAUCCAACUCCCCCGCCACCCCUCCUACCCCACCAGAAUCUCACAGCGAGGAGGAACUCGCAGUCGACAAGAAGGAGCAAAAUGGCCGGCGCCGACGCGCAUCGACCAUGCUGAUCUCUCAGAAUUCGGACGACAUGAGACGGGUGCUAGAGAAUGCGGGCACCAGCGGAACUCAGCAAGUUCGAUCCACAUGCUGCGGCGGCGGCUGCUGCCAGGGUCAGCCAUUACGGCCCAUCGAUGGUCCCAUCUCGGGCUUCAAUUCGAUCACCCCACCCGGGAACGAAGCGUUCAAGAGUCUGGGACUGAAAUUGGAUCUCCUCACAUUGGACAGUGAGCUCUCCAACAUGGCCCCACUGCCGCCGAAGACUCCCCAUCCUCCUUACGAUGUAUACCGUGCCCCUCUCCAUUCCGCGCGUGAAUUGACCAAGGAAGGUGCGGAGAAGCGGACCUACCACUUUGACAUUGAUGUCACCGACUACCCGGCCGAGAGUGGCAUGGUGGACUUUGUUGUCGGUGGCGCAAUUGGUGUUUGCCCAAAGAACAAGGAUGAGGAAGUCGAGGACAUUUUGGACCUCCUGUGUGUCCCACGAUCGGUACGCGAUAAGAAAGUGCUCCUGCGUACGACGAGUGGUCGCUGGCCUACGAUCUGGGGAGACGACCAGCCCCGGGAGCUGAUCACAACCCGCCGCCAGGUGCUGUCCUGGUGCUCUGAUAUCCAAAGUUAUGCCCCCAGCAAAGCCUUAUUCCGGCUUCUGGCCGAGUACACCACGGAGCCGAAUGAGAAGAAGAUCCUCGAGUUCCUCUCCUCGGCUCAAGGUCAGGGUGCUUUCUGUAACCUCCGCACCAACUCCCACAUCACCCUUUCCCAGCUUUUGCACGCUUUUCCCUCUUCCCGACCUCCUCUUGACCACCUCCUGGCCACCCUCAACACAUUGAUGCCCCGCUUCUACUCCUUAUCCCAAGACCCGCAGAUCUCCUGCACGUUCAAGGGCACCGACUGCCACCGCCUGAUUGAAAUUGCCGUCACAGUUGCCGAAUCUGAGGACUGGCGCGGUGGUACUCGCACCGGUGUCAGCUCUGGAUACCUGGAGCACUUGGCCCAGAAAACCAUCGCCGCUCAGGCCGCUGGCGAGAAGCAUGACAUUCACAUCCCCAUGUUUCGCGGCCUGAUGGCCAACCCAUUAGCUACGAAGUUUGCAUCCGAUGGGCCCAUGCUCCUGAUCGGCGCAGGUGUUGGCAUUGCUCCAUUCCGUGGAUUCGUCCAGAGCCGCCUCCAGUCUGCCAAUUGCGCCAAUAAGGUCUGGGUUCUGCAAGGCGUACGCGAUUCCCUCCUGGACGAGCUGUACAGUGGUGAAUGGGGCGUCCACGAGGACAAGGUCCGCACCGUCGUCCAAAGCCGUCGCGGCGAGAGUCGCUACGUGCAAGAGGAAGUCCGACACCAGGCUGACUUGGUGUGGUAUGUGAUCAAUGCCCUCGAUGGCCGUGUCUUUGUUUGCGGAAGCGGAAAGGGCAUGGGCGAGGGCGUCGAGGCUGCGCUUGUUGAGGUCGCCAUGGCCAAAGGUAAUCUCAACUUGCAGGAGGCCGAGCAGUUCUGGCAAGGCAAGAAGGAGGCCGGUCAGUACAUUGCUGAAACCUGGUAA